CUACCGCCCACCGCUUUAUUACUCUCCCUCUAAUACGGCAAUCAUUACUCCUUGAUGGUCAUACCACUCCGACAGCAACCGUUGCGUAUAUAAAAGCCAUCUUCAAUCGCUUUUGGCCCCUCCCAUAUACCAAAAUGGUGCCCAACCAAGAUAUGAACAAGCACCGUGAGCCAGGCUGCACUGCGGUUACUCCAAAUAAGAAAUACUACAAGGUGGGCAAUUCGUUCAUCAACGUUAUGCAUAUCAAUCGUCAUUGGCAGGAUCCCAGCUGGUGCAGCUUUAUCGGCAACUUGUGGCACGAGGACGAGGGUUGGGAUGCGGAUAUCGAGUAUUGGGAGCAACGGCACACCAUCAGCACGCGCGGCAUCAUCCCGCAGGGAAACCGGCCCGGCCCGCACACAGGCCAACCUCGCUCGCCCGGAGACACGUCCGACUGGGAUGGUACUGGCAGGCAUAAUGACGAGGAGGGACAGGAGGAGGUUCAUGGCGGUGGUGGUGCUGGUGUACCGCAAGUAACCCCGCCGCGAUUGGGGCGGUGA